GGGCUAUUUCCCCACAGGCAGAUACAAAGCAGGCCGGGUACUUGGAUAGAAGAAGAGGCCUCUGCAUUGGGGCUCAGGAGAGCUGGAGAGUUCCUUGUUCUGCCACAGACUUGCUGGGUGACCUUUGCUGCCUGCUGAUGGGGCUUCAGCAGCCCAGCUGAUCCAAGGAGCACCCUGAAGAGGAAAAAGGAGGAAGGCGGAGGUAGAGCAGGCUUUCCACUCAGGCAACAUACCAAGCCCUGUCACACAGAACACACCCUUCCCCUCAGAAUAUUACAGCACAUCUCUCUCUCUUGUGCCGGUCACACCCUACCCCACACACGUUCACUGACCCAGAUUCUGAGUGGUACCAUCCGUUUCCUUCAUCUUCAAUGUCUACGGUGGAAGGGGAUGUGGGAAGGGGAGAGGACAGUGCCUGGAAAAGGUGUGGUAGAUUUGGGAUGAAAACCAGUUUCUACUCUUUGUGAGCAAGAUUCAGUCAAAGUGGGUUGGAGGACGAGUCUGAUCAAAUCCCCGUUCACCAGAAAAGCCUGCACCCCAGGAAAAGGCUGGACUCACUGGACCUGUGUAUAUGCCAGUUCUUUUGCCUGGAUUGCCUGAGUGUUCCUUAUCUUCUGCACAAGAGCCCAUCUCCCAGCUUGAGAGCCGCCGAGAGCUGCCGGGGAAGGGGAGCGAGGCGAGGGGGAGGCGGGGAAACCAACAACCACAACAACCCCCCGAGAAGAAAAGAAAAAUGCACCGAUCUAUCGCUUGGGUGAUCUUCGCGGGGCUGGCUGCGUUAUUCCUCUUCCAAGGAGUGCCCGUGCGCAGCGGAGAUGCCACCUUCCCCAAAGCUAUGGACAACGUGACCGUCAGACAAGGGGAGAGCGCCACCCUCAGGUGCUCCGUGGAUAACAGAGUCACUCGAGUGGCCUGGCUGAAUCGCAGCAGCAUUCUCUACGCUGGCAAUGACAAGUGGUGUUUGGACCCCCGGGUGGUGCUCCUGUCCAACACCAAAACCGAGUACAGCAUCCAGAUCCAGGAUGUGGACGUGUACGACGAGGGGCCCUACACCUGCUCCGUGCAGACAGACAAUCACCCCAAAACGUCACGGGUGCAUCUCAUUGUGCAAGUGUCUCCCAAAAUUGUUGAGAUCUCUUCCGAUAUCUCCAUCAACGAAGGCGGCAACAUCAGCCUCACCUGUAUAGCCACGGGCAGACCGGAUCCUACAAUCACCUGGAGGCACAUCUCCCCCAAAGCUGUGGGUUUCGUGAGCGAAGACGAAUACCUGGAGAUCACGGGGAUCACCCGGGAGCAAUCUGGCGAGUACGAGUGCAGCGCAUCCAACGACGUGGCAGCUCCCGUCGUCCGGAGAGUGAAAGUCACCGUGAACUACCCACCGUACAUCUCGGACGCCAAGAGCACCGGGGUGCCCGUGGGGCAGAAGGGCAUUCUUCAGUGCGAAGCCUCCGCCGUCCCCGCCGCAGAAUUCCAGUGGUACAAAGACGACAAAAGCUCUUCAGGUCAAGGAAUGUCUCACACUAUUUGUCCGGUAUGGUGGAGCUCUGAUCUCAGGCUGGUAGAAGGACAGAAAGGGGUGAAAGUUGAAAGCAAAGCCUUCUUCUCCAGACUGACUUUCUUCAACGUCUCCGAGCAGGACUACGGGAACUACACCUGUGUGGCCUCCAACAAGCUAGGAAAUACCAACGUCAGCAUUAUCCUGUACGAAAUAAGUGAGCCCACAAGCUCAACCUUGUUCCAAGAAGAGACAACUACAGCCCUGACACCCUGGAAAGGCCCCGGAGCAGUGCAUGAUGGGAACAACGGCACAUCAAGAAGAGCUGGCUGCAUUGGGCUGCUUCCCCUCCUGCUGUUGCAUCUCCUCCUCAAGUUUUGACCCAAGUGCUGAUUCUGCGGAGUAGCGACAACCACAGCAACAACAAGAAGAAAAAGUAUAACAUUUAAAAAAGAAAAAUAAGCGUUAUAAUAAAGAGAAUGUAUUACCAGAAAAUCUGAGGGGGAGAGAGAGAGGGGGAAAAAAGGGAAUUUUGAAAAAAAAAAUCCAUUUUUUUCUCGCUGAAGUUUAGACACAGCUGAACCUUUUUCUUUCUUUCUCUUUUUUUUUUCUUUUUCUUUCUGCAAUGGACAAGUGUGCCGGUACCAAGGACCAACCAGUACAUUUGGCUGAACGGCUCCCCCCGCUCCCCCACCACAUCCCUCGUUCCGAGGCAGCUGGCUCGGUCAUUUCUUUCUGCUCGACUCUUCCCCCCUGGAUGAUUACGGAGUCGGCUGUUCCAGCACAUGCAUAUGCAGACGCACAGCAUUUUUUUUUCCUGGAGAUUUUCCCUCCUUUUCAUGGACUGUGCUGCCAUUCGUGUUAGUAUGAAACAAACAAGCAAAAAUUGACGCCGAGACGAACGAAAAGGAACAAAGCAAACCAGUUGUUAAACAUUUCUUCAUUCUACUACGCACGGACAUCAUGGAGAAUGAGGGAUCUGAUUCAUUAUUAAUUUUAUUAAUUAUAUUUUCUGAUGAGCCUAGAACGAUUAGUUCAUAAAAAAAAACAAAAAAAGAGAAGUAUGUUUAUUAAGCAUUAAAAACAAAACAAGCGGAUAGUGUUCUUCUUAACUACGUGUGCAAGAGGUGGCAUCUCAGCUUGUCUUAGGGUUUUUGCAAAAUUGGUGUGAACAGUCAACGAGUCCUGGGGGUGGGGGGGAAGUGUUUUUACAAACAAUUCCUCCGCCAGCGUUAUUGAAACUUCAUCCAUUUCUCUGGUGUUUAAGGCAGAAGAUACUAUGCUAGCUAUGGCUAUCUACGUACUGUUUUGGAAAUGGAAAAGCUGAUGCUCAUUGUAUGUUGAGUUGGAUGGAUAUGCUUAUUCUUUUUAUGGGAUAUAUACAUAUAGAUAUAUAUAUAUACAUACACAUAUAUAUAUAUAUUAUUUUUUUUGUUAGCGUUCUAGCCACAUUAUUUCUCAACAGGCUCCUCCUUCUGCCAUUCCUGCAUGCUGUAUAUGGACUUAGCUGUGUAUUGGUCUUCUUCUAAGAGAUGAUAGAGUUUCUUGAUGAUUGUGUAAUCAAUUCCUGCUUAUUAUUUUGUUCCCUCCUUCCCCUGGGUUAUUUACAUGUUGGAGACACUUAUUUAAAAAAAACAACCAAACAAACAAAAAAGGAAAAGUAACAGAUGCAGUGUCUCUUUGCAGGUUUGGCUAUUCCAAGGGGAAACCAUGUAUAACAAGACGUAUUUGUCAUUCUCCCUUUUUGACCCAGCUCAGAACGUUAAUACAACAACACUGCAAACUGAAAACAUCAACAGAAAAGGAACAAAACCCAUCACCCGCCUUUGAUUUGGCCAUUGGCUGGUUCUAUGACACUUGUGUGGCUAUGGGAGAAAUUAACUUGCUUUAUUUUAUUAUUUUGUUUCCUUUUUGGUGGACGAAACUGAAGAAACGUGCUUCACAUCGAGGUUCUGGGAUAGCCCCGUGGCCAGAGGCCCUCCGGUGUCCUUGACUUGUUUGCGGGGGGACAAGAUGGGGAGGUUGUCUCUGACUAUACAUUAAAAAGAUGUUCCAUGUUGCUGUUCA